CCAAGGGGGGAGUCACUUUAAAGGCUCUUUCUUACCCAUAAUGCUUUGUGGGGACGUUGACAAGUGGAUCCAAGAUGGCGUAGAAAGUAAUGACAGGCAUUGGAUGAAGUAAUUGAUCACUAAAGAACUACCGUGCUGGUGAGAUGUGUAAGAAAUUAUAAAGAGCUCUGAUGGGCUAUUUGGGUGAUACCCAGUGCAGUGAACUGCAGGCAAUAUAUCAGAAGAAAUACUGCUGCCAGAAAUGUUGGAGAUUUUACUGCCUGUGUUUUCUUCUAGGAUUUUGAUAGUUUUGAGUCUAAAAGAUUUUUGUCCCUGAGUCAUGGAAGACAGAAGAGCUGAGAAGUCAUGUGAACAAGCGUGUGAAUCACUCAAGAGGCAGGACUAUGAAAUGGCCCUCAAGCACUGCACAGAGGCCCUUCUUUCUCUUGGCCAGUACUCCAUGGCUGACUUCAUAGGGCCGUGUUCACUGGAAAUAGAAAGUAUCAAAAUUGAGAGUCUUCUUUACAGAAUUGCCUCAUUUUUGCAACUGAAAAAGUAUGGACAAGCUGAUGAAGAUUGUAGGCAUGUGCUGGGAGAAGGACUGGCCAAGGGAGAUGGUGCUUUUCAGGCAGUGCUUUGCUGCAUGCAGCUGAAAGGAAAGCUUCAACUUGUAUCCAACAUUCUUGCCAAGUCACUAACAGGAGAGUCCCUGAAUGGGAUGGUAACAAAAGAUUUAACAAGACUAAAAACACUUCUCACAGAAACAGAGACAGCAACUAGUAACGUCCUCUCUGGAUAUCACGUGGAAGAUUUAGAAGAGGGAUCUUGUAAUGGUUGGCAUUUCCGCCCACCACCUAGGGGAAUCACAAGCAGCGAGGAAUAUACUUUGUGUAAAAGAUUUUUAGAGCAAGGAAUCUGUAGGUAUGGUGCCCAGUGUACUUCAGCACAUUCCCAGGAAGAACUAGCAGAAUGGCAGAAAAGAUAUGCUUCACGGUUGAUAAAAUUGAAACAGCAAAAUGAGAAUAAACAGUUCUCAGGCAGUUACAUGGAAACCUUGAUAGAAAAGUGGAUGAAUUCAUUAUCUCCUGAGAAAGUGCUUAGUGAAUGUGUUGAAGGAGUAAAGGUAGAGCAUAAUCCUGAUCUGACGGUUACUGUCAACACCAAAAAGUCUCACCAGACAUGGACUUUUGCUCUCACCUGUAAGCCUGCAAGAAUGCUGUAUCGUGUAGCAUUGCUUUAUGAUGCUCAUCGUCCUCAUUUUAGUAUCAUUGCAAUAUCUGCCGGAGAUAGUACUACCCAGGUAUCACAAGAAGUCCCAGAAAACUGUCAAGAAUGGAUAGGAGGAAAGAUGGCCCAAAAUGGAUUAGAUCAUUACGUGUAUAAAGUCGGGAUAGCAUUUAACACAGAAAUAUUUGGAACUUUUCGCCAAACCAUAGUUUUCGACUUUGGAUUGGAACCAGUACUCAUGCAAAGAGUAAUGAUUGAUGCAGCUUCUACAGAAGAUCUUGAGUACCUGAUGCACGCAAAACAACAGCUAGUAACCACAGCUAAGCGUUGGGAUUCUUCUUCUAAGACUAUUAUAGAGUUUGAACCUAAUGAAACUACUGAUUUGGAGAAGAGCCUUCUUAUCAGAUACCAAAUUCCUCUCUCUGCUGACCAGCUAUUUACCCAGUCCGUUUUAGACAAGUCAUUGACCAAGACCAACUAUCAGUCCCGGUUGCAUGACCUUCUUUAUAUUGAGGAGAUAGCUCAGUAUAAAGAAGUAAGCAAGUUCAAUCUUAAAGUGCAAUUGCAGAUUCUGGCAAGCUUCAUGCUCACUGGAGUUUCUGGAGGUGCAAAGUAUGCUCAGAAUGGACAACUUUUUGGUCGUUUUAAGCUUACUGAAACACUUUCUGAAGAUACUUUGGCAGGACGGCUUGUGAUGACCAAAGUCAAUGCUGUUUAUUUAUUACCAGUCCCUAAAGAGAAGUUAGUACAGACCCAGGGAACCAAAGAGAAGGUUUAUGAAGCUACUAUUGAAGAAAAAACAAAAGAAUAUAUAUUUUUAAGGAUAUCCAGGGAAUGCUGUGAAGAACUUAAUCUUCGGCCUGACUGUGACACACAGGUUGAACUUCAGUUUCAAUUAAAUCGAUUACCCCUCUGUGAAAUGCAUUAUGCACUAGACAGGAUCAAGGACAAUGGGGUUUUAUUUCCAGACAUCACUAUGACUCCAACCAUACCUUGGAGUCCCACCAGACAGUGGGAUGAACAGUUGGAUCCUCGACUAAAUGCAAAACAGAAAGAAGCUGUUCUAGCCAUUACAACCCCACUUUCAAUACAGCUGCCUCCUGUUCUCAUCAUCGGACCCUAUGGGACAGGCAAAACCUUCACGCUAGCUCAGGCUGUAAAGCACAUACUCCAGCAACAGGAGACAAGCAGGAUUCUCAUUUGCACCCAUUCUAAUAGUGCUGCUGAUCUCUACAUAAAGGAUUAUUUACAUCCCUAUGUAGAAGCAGGCAAUCCCCAGGCAAGACCUCUCAGGGUAUAUUUCAGAAAUCGCUGGGUAAAGACUGUUCACCCAGUUGUGCAUCAGUACUGUUUGAUCUCAAGCGCACAUUCCACCUUUCAGAUGCCACAGAAAGAAGAUAUUCUUAAGCACCGAGUGGUUGUUGUUACCUUGAAUACUUCCCAGUACCUCUGUCAGUUGGACCUUGAACCUGGGUUUUUUACGCACAUUCUGUUAGAUGAAGCUGCCCAGGCCAUGGAGUGUGAAACCAUUAUGCCUCUAGCAUUAGCAACUAAAAGCACUCGGGUUGUCUUGGCUGGUGACCACAUGCAGCUCAGUCCUUUUGUUUACAGCGAGUUUGCCAGGGAGAGAAACCUUCAUGUUUCAUUACUUGAUCGACUCUAUGAGCAUUACCCCGCUGAGUUCCCAUGCAGGAUCCUCCUCUGUGAGAACUACCGGUCCCAUGAAGCUAUCAUCAAUUACACCUCUGAGCUCUUCUAUGAGGGCAAACUGAUGGCCAGUGGAAAGCAACCAGCACACAAGGAUUUCUACCCACUCACUUUCUUUACAGCUCGAGGGGAAGAUGUACAAGAAAAAAAUAGCACAGCUUAUUAUAAUAAUGCAGAGGUAUUUGAAGUGGUGGAGCGUGUGGAAGAGUUAAGAAGGAAAUGGCCAGUAGCAUGGGGGAAGUUAGAUGAUGGCAGUAUCGGUGUGGUGACUCCAUAUGCUGAUCAAGUGUUUAGGAUACGUGCUGAACUUCGAAAAAAGAGAUUAUCUGAUGUUAAUGUAGAAAGGGUGCUAAAUGUUCAAGGAAAGCAAUUCAGAGUUUUGUUUCUUAGCACAGUACGGACAAGGCAUACUUGUAAACAUAAACAGACACCAAUUAAAAAGAAAGAACAACUGCUGGAAGAUUCCACAGAGGAUUUAGAUUAUGGUUUUUUAUCUAACUACAAACUUCUCAACACUGCCAUCACAAGAGCACAGUCCCUGGUUGCUGUGGUAGGUGAUCCCAUUGCUCUGUGCUCCAUUGGAAGAUGCAGGAAGUUUUGGGAGCGGUUUAUUGCCCUGUGUCAUGAAAAUAAUAGCCUACACGGAAUCACUUUUGAACAGAUCAAAGCUCAACUAGAGGCUUUAGAACUAAAGAAGACAUAUGUGUUGAAUCCACUGGCACCCGAAUUUAUCCCCCGGGCCCUAAGACUGCAGCAUUCAGGAAGUGCCAACAAGCUGCAGCAAUCACCCCCGAAGGGGAAAAGCCUCCAACAUACCCAGAAUGAUCAUUUCCAGAAUGAUGGAAUUGUUCAACCCAAUCCUUCCGUUCUUAUUGGCAAUCCUAUUAGAGCAUAUACUCCUCCACCCCCUCUUGGACCUCAUCCAAAUUUGGGAAAAUCUCCAAGCCCUGUCCAGAGAAUAGAUCCUCACACUGGGACAAGUAUUCUUUAUGUACCUGCUGUCUAUGGAGGGAAUGUAGUUAUGUCGGUGCCUUUACCUGUACCAUGGACAGGAUACCAGGGUAGGUUUGCAGUUGAUCCUCGAAUCAUUACACAUCAGGCAGCAAUGGCCUACAAUAUGAACCUCUUACAGACGCAUGGACGGGGGUCUCCUCUACCUUAUGGCCUUGGGCAUCAUCCCCCUGUCAGCAUAGGGCAGCCACAGAACCCACAUCAGGAGAAGGACCAGCAUGAGCAACAUCGAAAUGGUAAAAGUGAUACAAAUAAUCCUGGACCUGAAAUUAAUAAGAUUCGAACACCAGAGAAAAAGCUUACAGAAUCAAAACAGAUUGAUUUGGAAUCAAAUCCACAGAACAGAAGUCCUGAAUCACGUCCUGGUGUUUAUCCCAAUACCAAAUUUCAUCGCAAAGAUAAUCUCAACCCAAGACACAUAAACCUUCCCCUUCCUGCUCCCCCUGCACAGUAUGCCAUCCCCGGUCGCCAUUUUCAUCCCCUUCCCCAGUUACCAAGAGCACCAUUUCCAGUUCCACAGCAGCAUGCCUUGUUAAACCAGCAGCAGAAUAAUUUGCCUGAACAAGCAAACCAAAUGCCACCCCAACCAAAUCAGGUAGUCCAGCAGCAGAAUCCUUUGAAUCAGCUGCCUCCACAGCCACCUCCUCAGCUUUCUCCUGCCUACCAGGCAGGGCCCAACAAUGCUUUUUUUAAUAAUGCAGUUUCUCAUCGACCACAGUCCCCUCCUGCAGAGGCUGUGAUCCCUGAGCAGCCCCCUCCCAUGCUGCAAGAAGGCCACAGUCCCUUGCGAGCCAUUGCACAGCCUGGCCCCCUUCUUCCUUCACAUCUGAAUAACUUCACUGAUGAGAACCCCCCAGGAUUGCCAAUAGGAGAGGCUUUAGAUCGUAUGCAUGGGAGUGUAGCCCUGGACACAUUACGACAGCAGCAAGUGCGGUUACAGCAGUGGAAUGAGCAUCACGCCUACCUGAGUCAGGGCAGUAUUCCAUACUCACACCAUCAACAGCCUCAUCCUCACCUCCAGCAUCUUCCUCAGCCGCCCAUUGGAUUACAUCAGUCGCCAGUGAAGGCAGACUGGAAGCUGCCCAGCAGUGCCGAAGGUGAAGCAGAAACAACAGAGUCAAGGUUUCAGGACUUACUCAGAGAACUGUCCAAUCGUGAUCAAAGUGAAGCACGGGAACUAGCUGAGAUGCCACCACCUCAAUCAAGACUUUUGCAGUAUAGACAAAUUCAGACUAGGAGCCCACCAGCAGUCCCCUCUCCCCCUUCCAGUACAGACCACAGUAGCCAUUUUUCUAACUUUAACGACAAUAGCAGAGACGUUGAAGUAGCCAACAACCCAGCAUUUCCGCAGCGACUACCACCCCAGAUAUUCAGCUCUCCUUUCUCGUUGCCAUCUGAACACCUUGCCCCUCCUCCCCUGAAAUACCUGGCAUCUGAUGGAGCAUGGACUUUUGCUAACUUACAACAGAAUCACCUGAUGGGGCCAGGUUUUCCCUAUGGCCUAUCUCCAUUGCCUCACAGGCCACCACAAAACCCUUUUGUACAAAUACAGAAUCAUCAACACGCUAUUGGUCAAGAGCCAUUUCACUCAUUGUCAUCUCGAACAGUAUCUUCUUCUUCGCUCCCUAGCUUAGAAGAGUAUGAACCCAGAGGACCUGGCCGGCCCUUGUACCAAAGAAGAAUCUCCUCUAGCUCAGUCCAACCUUGUUCUGAAGAAGGAAGCACUCCUCAAGAUAGCCUUGCUCGGUGUAAAGAGCUUCAGGACCACAAUAACCAAUCCUCUUUCAACUUAUUAUCCCCGGAGUCCUGGGUAAACACCACCUCAUCUACCCCCUAUCAGAACAUUCCGUGCAAUGGAUCCAGCCGGGCAGCCCAGCCCAGAGAAUUGAUAGCUCCUCCCAAGACCAUCAAACCCCCUGAGGAUCAACUGAAGUCUGAAAACCUCGAGGUGUCCAGUUCCUUCAACUAUAAUGUGCUGCAGCAUCUCGGCCAGUUCCCCCCCCUCAUGCCCAACAAGCAGAUUGCAGAGUCGGCUAACAGCAGCGGCCAGCAGACCUCGGGGGGCAGCAAGCCCGCCAUGUCCUACGCUAGCGCUCUGCGGGCGCCCCCCAAGCCCAGGCCCCCGCCUGAGCAGGCCAAGAAGAGUAGCGACCCUCUGUCUCUGUUCCAGGAACUCAGCCUGGGGAGCUCCGCAGGCAGCAACGGCUUUUACUCCUAUUUUAAAUAAUCACUUUGUUUUUGCCUCAAGGGAGAAUGUUUUAAUUUCUGUUUCUAUCAAUAGAAUUAAGAUAGUUGGACUUCAUCUAUAGAUGCACAGUUCCCUUUGUUUUAAUAUUAAAUAUGUUCUCACUUAAUUGCUUCGCUGCUAGACUUGCAACUAAUUUUUUAAAAGUAUAUUCCAUUAUUUUGCAUUUUUGACAUGAGUCAGAAUUUUGACAGCUUUUAUGUAGAAUAAAAAUAUUUUUAAAUUUGUGUAUUGUUACAUAUGUUUGCAUCGAACUAGCAGCUAAGAGGUUAAUUGUGCAACUAUAAAAAAAAAAGAGAAAAAAGUUUGUCUAAAAUGUAUUUAAAAAGAAAAAAAAAGUUGUAAGUAGCAUUUACAUUUAUUCAAUAAUAUUACCAUAUGCUGGGUUUCUGUACCAGAAAUGGCCAGUUAUGUACAAAAUGUAUGUUAUUUUUGCUUAAAUUCAUUUAAAAUUUUUUAAAAUAAAGGGCAGCAUCUUAUAAAUACUUUAAGUUUUAUCAGCUUUUUUUGGUGACAAGAUGCUGCAUUCUAAAACUUUGAUAGUUUUAGACCACGUGUGGUGUGCUGAUGUCAUCUCCAUCCACUGAGGAUAGAGUCAGAGGCGUUCUUCGCAGGUGUACCUGUAUGCCACUGUUCUUUGUAACGUGAAAAAACAUGGGCAUACUUAGUUAUUUUUUUGAACAAGCUACACUUCAAGCUUGUUUUUACUGUUAAUUUGAUAGUGUGUUUUUUUUAAACAGAUCAUGAAGCUGAAAAUUUUUAGGAUUGUUGGUGCUUAGUAGACUUGAUAACUAUUUUAAAAAUGCGUGGAUUUAGUAAAAUCUUUUUUUCCUCACUA